AUGCAGGAUGAGAUCAGGGCUUCCAGUAUCCUGCCAGUGUCAGGUGUGCUGCAGCCAGGAGAGAGCCAGCAGGUCUCCUUGCCCUUCUCUGGCCACCUCAACAGCAUCUCCAGUGCCACGGCGCUGUGCCACGUGGAGGGAGGCCCCAGCUCCGAGGUGCUGGUGCCCGGGGAGGCCUCACGUGUCAGCUGCUCCCCAAGCCCCCAGGAGAUCAACUGUGGCUCUGGGGCACCUCUCAGGGAGAGAAGGGAGCUGAAGCGGCCGUCUCCAAAGCUUGAGGAGGAGGCAAAAGCCUUGGCGGAGGAAGAGAGGCAGAAGGAGAAAGAGAAGCAGAAGAAAGAAAAGAAGGGUGUCUCUGUGGGGAAGGAACCUCCAAAAGCAGAGAAGGGGAAAACCAAACCCCCAGAGAAGAAGGAAAGCAAGGCCCCAGAGAACAAGGACACCAAAAUCCCACCAAGGAAGGAAAUCAAAGAACCAGAGAAGAUGGAAAACAAACUUCCAGAAAAGAAAAACAAACAUCCAGAAAAGAAAGAAACCAAAAUCUCAGAGAGGAAGGAAAGCAAAGCCCCAGAGAAGAAGGAAAGCAAGGCCCCAGAGAAAAAGAACACAAAAGCAUUAGAGAGGAAGGAAACUAAAUUCCCUGAGAAGAAGGAAACCAAAGCCCCAGAGAGGAUGGAAAGCAAACUCCCAGAAAAGAAAUACAAACCUCCAGAAAAGAAGGAAACCAAAUUCCCAGAGAGGAAGGAAAGCAAGGCCCCAGUGAAGAAGGACACCAAAGCAUUAGAGAGGAAGGAAACCAAAUUCCCAGAGAAGAAGGAAAACAAAGCCCCAGAGAAGAUGGAAAACAAACUCCCAGAAAAGAAAUACAAACUUCCAGAAAAGAGGGAAACCAAAUUCCCAGAGAGGAAGGAAACCAAAGUCCCGGAGACGAAGGAAAUCAAAAGCCCAAAGAAGGAAAGCAAAGCCACAGAGAAGAAGGAAAUGAAAAGCCCAGAGAAAAAGGAAAGCAAAGCCCUAGUAAAGAGGGAAAUCAGAAUUCUAAAGAAGGAAACCAAAUCUCCAGAGAAGAGAAGCAAACCUCCAGAAAAGAAGGAAACCAAAUUCCCAGAGAGGAAGGAAAUCAAAAUCCCAGAGAAGGAAAUCAAAGCACCAAAAAAGAAGGAACCCAAAGCCCCAAAGAAGGGGGAAGCCAAAGCCUGAAAGAAGGGAGGAACCAAAAUCCCAGAGAACCCAGCUGAGCUGGAGAAGAACUCUUUAUUUUAUUCACACAACUUAUUUUAUACAGUUUGCCAAACCUAAUGUGCAACUUUAGGUAGUUAAUCGAUUUCUUAUUACUAGUUAUGCCAGUUAUUCUGUU